UAAAAGAUUAAGCCAACGUCUCUUUACCCACACUCAUCUCACCCUCACCAGAAAAUAUAUAUUAUCACAAAUUACGUUUUCUUCUUCUUUCUCUCUCUCUCUCUUUAGAUUUGUCGCUUAUCUUUGAAUUCACCGGCGAUGAAUCUCGCCGGGAAAGUGAAUAUUUCGGUAAUCAUGUCCGUCUGUAGUAACGCUGUCUCCGACCAUCGCCGUUACGUUUUCCGUGAAAAGCGUCACUGAUCCGUCUCCUAGACAUUUUCUAUUGAUAGUAGUAUUAUUCUUUGCUUUGUUUUGUGAAAAAGAAGAUCCGCUAAAUCGAAGAAGACGCUCUAGGUUUUCUUCUGGUGUUAGCUGAGAGGUUUUGAUAGAUUCUUCUUCUUAUUCCUUCUUGGACAUACCACCAGUUUCCGAAAAUUUUGUGGGUUUGUGAAAGUCCUUGAGAGAGAUUUGAAUUUUCAGCGUAUGUUUCUUCUAUAGCUAGUUUGAACGAGAAUUGACUUGGACCGUAGAGAGGUUAGAUCUUCGUCUUAGGGUAAAACGAUGCCGUUUAUGAUGAAGAUCCAGCCGAUUGAUAUCGAUUCACCCGCCGUAAGAGAGACGGCAGCUCGACCGGUGCUCAAAUCUCGCCUCAAGCGUUUGUUUGACCGGCCGUUCACAAACGUGCUGAGAAACGCAACCUCCGAGAAACCAUCACACGGUGGCGAAGUUCAAUGCGGAGGAGGAGCGGCGGUGACGGAGUUCGAGCCGAGCUCCGUUUGCUUAGCGAAGAUGGUUCAGAACUUCAUAGAGGAAACGAACGAGAAGCAAGCCAAAUGUGGACGCAACCGAUGCAACUGCUUCAACGGAAACAACGACGAUAGCUCCUCCGACGAUGAUUUUGAUCUCUUCGGUGGUUCAACUGAGUCUUUCAUCGGCGACGCCUCUGAUCAUAUCAAGAGUUUGGUCACAUGCGUGAGCCUCGCGGAGAGGAACCUCUUAGCCGACGCGGCGAAGAUCGUUGAUAAGAACAGAUCAGUCAAACGAAAAGAGGAUCUGAGGAAGCUCCUCAACGAAGGACUCUUAUCUCUUCACUACGAUUCUUCACUCUGCAAAUCCAAAUGGGAGAAAUCUCCAUCAUUCCCAGCUGGUGAAUACGAGUACAUAGAUGUGAUUGUUGGAGAAGAACGGUUGUUAAUCGACGUUGAUUUCCGAUCAGAGUUCGAUAUCGCGAGGCAGACGAGUGGUUACAAGGCGUUGCUUCAAUCUCUACCCUUCAUCUUCGUCGGCAAAUCCGAUCGAUUAACUCAGAUCGUCUCGUUGAUCUCCGAGGCGGCGAAACAAAGCUUGAAGAAGAGAGGGAUGCAUUUGCCUCCGUGGAGGAAAGCGGAGUACAUGCGAUCUAAGUGGAUGUCCUCUUACACCAGAGCCUCCGUCGUUGCUUCUGGAAACGCUGAAGAGCCGCCUGCUACGGUGGCCGCGGCUGAGCCGGAGCUUGAUGAUUGUGCAGAGCUUGAGCUGGUUUUCGAGGAGAAAUCUUUAUCUCCGGGAGUUAUUAAUUCUUCCUCCUCUCCUUUUCCGUCUGUUUACGGCGGUGAUGAUGAUGUGGCGGUGGAGAGAGAAGUGAAGGUCACCGGCUUAGCUUCUUUGUUCAAGGAAAGGCCUUAAUUAAAAAAAGUUUUGGAGUUUUUUUAAACCUUUUUCUAACUUUCACUUAGUUCCCCAAGGUAAAAAAGUAAAAAAC